UGCGUGUCAUCAUUGGUCACGAGCUUCUGGGGGGAGAGAAGCCAGAGAAGAGAAGCCGAAUGCAGAUUAAAGCCGAAGUUUAAACCGUUGCCUCGGUUUGUCAGUACUGUGAGAAAACUUAAUUACUGAAGAAGCCUGGACGCUAAAACAAGUUUUGAAACUAUUUUUGUCGAACAGGAGCAAGGCUGGGUCACAGUCUAUGGGCUGGACGCUGAACACACCUGCGGCUCGAAAGUGUCACCACUUUGUCCACAACAUCAUCCACGACCGCCAAGAACGUUGUCCAUGAUCACCAAGAGUCUUCAUACAAUGAAGAAAUUCUCUAAGACCAGGACAGAGGCCUCCAGGUGUCACCACUUGAUCCACAACAUUGUCCACGAGUGCAGAGAUGUCAGAUGUGACUGGGGUCCCCAAUUUGACGGCGUCGUCCAUAAUCAGACAUGUAGUCCACGAUCACAGAGAGUCUUCGUACAAUGAAAAAGUUGUUUGAGACCAGGACAAAGGCCUCCAGGUAAUUCACAAACAAUACAUCAAUUGUCCAACACAGAGCACUGACAUUAAAUUGUUCAUGUUCAGUAGUCAGUAUAUAAAAGUGUCAUAAUAGACAUAAAAAUAAUCUGCAACAUAAAAAUAAUGUAUAAGUAAUCGGCAUUAAUAGAAUGUAGAAAUAUGAAAGUAAUUAGCAACAUCAGAAGUAAGAUGUAAUGGUCAAAGUAAUGUUACUAGAUGUAGUUUGUAAAGCAAUCUAAUAUUAGUGGUAAGAGUUAAAGUAAUCUGUAAUAUAAAAAGAAAUCUUAUAGGCAUGUAAUGUAAGAUGUCAAAAACCAUCAUAAAAUGUCAUAGUAUAGUAAGGGGUCAAAAGCUGAAAAAAUGUCAUAAUAUAGUAAGGGGUCAAAAAUCAUCAAAAAAUGUCAUAGUAUAGUAAGGCAUGAAAAAUGGUCAAAAAAUGUCAUAGUAUAGUAUGGCGUCAAAAAUGCUUUACAGGAUUAUCAUACAGGAGUAUUUGCGUUGGGUCAUGGACUUCAAAAUUCACUUCAUCUCAUAGCCUAAGAACUCACAACCUCAGAACUGUCAAGCAGGCCGAGCUAUUGGACCAGAGAUUGAAUAUUGAAUCCAUAACAUCAAAACUUACCUCUGUGUACUUUUGAUGCUGAACAUCAAAAUGUUUUGACUCAGCUGUUUAUACCAGACUUCAGUGGCCUUGUGACUAAAAAUGCAGAUAUUUCUUUGUACAUAUUUUAAAACCUUGAAAUGAGCAGUAGAAGAAUAAAACAUUAAUGUAGAAGUAUAGUGUGUCUUUUAUGGAUCUGAGAUGGAUAUGUUUUGCAGAAUUUGUUGAGUUGACAUGGAUGUAGAGGACAGGACAUGAAUGCAUCAUAAUUUGUGCCUAUCUACUGCCCUCUGUCAGCUAAAAAAAGACACAACAGAGAAAACUGCUUAAUGCAUUUUAUCUGUCUAAAUAUGAUACAUUUGGGUCUUAAAUUAACCAAAAACAGUGUAGUGAUAAUUACAAUCUCUAUGUAACCAAUUGAUCAUAUAAUUUUCACAAAUUGUGACACAUAUAAUCAAAUGAAAGUAUGUUAGACACAGAGAAUUAACUAAUAACAAAACAAUCAGUAAUGGCACAUAUCAGUAUCAAAAGACAUCAUAAUAAGUAUGUUUGAAUGUGACUUCAGAGAGAGGGUUGUGUGCAUUUAAGUCCCCCUCCCAGUUGACUGGUGUCUCUCAUUGUUCUAUAACCUCUUCGAAAUCCCUGAUGUUAAUUGGCAAACAGGAAUUGUUGUAGUUCGUUCAUAACGUUCACCCAUCUGUGAUUUCCCCAUACUCUAUCACACACUCUUCCGAGUCCAAGUAGAGAAAACAACAACUGUAUGCUUACAAAAUGCUCUCACACAGGCUAUAUGUACAUACAUAAUUGAAAGUGAGUAGAUUAGGAUCUCUCACCAGCUUCAGAUUGAGGUCAAUGAGAUCUGUCAGGUGAAACUGCAAAGCCCUUUAAGUACUUCAGAGCUCACCCCUCAGUCUGCAGAGUCUUAGAAAUUUCAGUUUGUCUUUCUUUGUGUUUGGACUGAGAGGUUAGAGUCUGAUUGUGUAUUACAUUAACCCCAUUAGUUGUGAUUGUGCAGGGUAGAGGCUGAUUCUUUAGUUUUAAACCAGACUAAAAAGCUGUUGUUCCUCUCAUUCAAACCCAUUGCAAACACCAAACAUAUCAGGCCACGCUUUAUUCCUGCAUCAGAUUAAAUUUUUAUUUUGGUGCUGAGGUGGGAUGAAUCUGUGAUAACUAAGUUCCUAGAUGAGCACAAACACCAAACUAUUGAGCUUUACUUGCUUCUCUUUUAAGGGCACCUGAGAACAGCAUAGAGAGAUAAGCACUUGAGCCGAUGUUCAUCUUCCGCUGAGCACAGCAAAGUCCCCCUAAAGGUUAGAUCACUCCUACACCGAUGUAUGUCUGCUUCUCCUCACACCUUUCCCUUUGCCCUAAAACACGCCUGUCCUUGUGCUCCAUUGGUCAUCCCCGGUCAGGUGGGCAGAGGAUGCCCAAAAUCCUUUCCUAAGACAGGAAAAUACUCCCAACAUUCUCCAGUGUUUGCUGCAGGCAGUUGACACAUCAGCUGCGUAGUUGACGGCACCGGUCAGGCAGUAGGCGAUCCGCUAGGACCUACUUCCAUUUUUCCUGACACUUGGCUUUCGAGCAGAGGGGCCCAAGCCGGGAAAAAGUAGGAUGGGGGCCGGAGCGAGCACUGAGGAGAAACGCUCCAGAGAGCUGGAGAAGAAGCUGAAGGAGGAUGCCGACAAGGAUGCAAGAACUGUCAAGCUGCUGCUGCUAGGUGCUGGAGAAUCUGGCAAAAGCACAAUUGUCAAACAGAUGAAAAUUAUCCACAAAGAUGGUUACUCACUUGAAGAGUGCUUGGAGUUCACUACCAUCAUCUACAGCAACACCCUGCAGUCAAUCAUGGCCAUUGUAAAGGCCAUGAACACACUCAAUAUUAACUAUGGCCACGCUGAUCAGCAGGACGAUGCCAGGAAACUCAUGCAUCUUGCAGACACCAUUGAGGAAGGCACCAUGCCUAAAGAGCUGUCAGACAUCAUUUUGCGCCUGUGGAAGGACUCUGGCAUCCAGGCGUGCUUUGACAGGGCCUCAGAGUACCAACUCAACGACUCUGCUGGAUACUACCUGAAUGACUUGGAGCGACUGAUCCAGCCAGGCUAUGUGCCCACCGAGCAGGAUGUGCUGCGAUCAAGAGUGAAGACCACCGGUAUCAUCGAAACCCAGUUUGGCCUCAAAGAUCUGAAUUUCAGAAUGUUUGAUGUGGGUGGCCAGAGGUCCGAGAGGAAGAAGUGGAUCCACUGUUUCGAAGGUGUGACCUGUAUCAUCUUCAUUGCUGCUUUGAGCGCCUACGACAUGGUGCUGGUAGAGGAUGAUGAAGUGAAUCGAAUGCAUGAGAGUCUGCACUUGUUCAACAGUAUCUGCAACCAUCGUUACUUCGCCACUACCUCCAUCGUACUCUUCCUCAACAAGAAAGAUGUGUUCCUUGAGAAGAUCAAGAAGGCUCAUCUCAGCAUGUGCUUCCCUGAAUACGAUGGACCCAACACCUAUGAGGAUGCUGGUAACUACAUCAAAGUGCAGUUUUUGGACCUGAACAUGCGCCGAGACGUCAAAGAAAUCUACUCUCACAUGACCUGUGCCACAGACACAGAGAACGUCAAGUUUGUGUUUGAUGCCGUAACAGACAUCAUCAUCAAAGAAAACCUGAAGGAUUGUGGUCUCUUCUAAGAGCCACACUGAGGUAACCGGUUAACAUGAGCAUGAUAUCACAUGACACUGAUAAUCCAAACUAACUGUUGGACUAGCUAACCAGUGUGAAUCUCUGUGUUUUACAGGGUUCUGUUGUAUCCCUGUCCCAUUCAACAAGUCCCUCCUCAAUUAAAACUGAGGACCCAAGAGGAGAAACUGCCCCUUAGACCAUUCUCAAACAGGCAAAUGCAAAAAACAAAAAAACAAAAAAACAAUUUGUUGUGUUCAAAACUAAGUUGUAGCUUUGACCAAA